GGUGAGAGCAGGCUGCUAGUCGAUUGGUUGGCACUAAUCUACGUUAAGGUCUAGGUCACUAAUAUGGGCCGUGAGAAAAUAUGAACAAGCCUGAGUCAACAACCAAUCACAGCAAAGUUAACGUGGCAAAAUAUGAUUCGCAGAGAGAACUCUAUUUGUCAAGGAAUCCCGAAACAACCAAUCAGAAGCCUGCGUUUGUCUACCUAAACAACCAAUCAGAUGACUGCGCUUGUCUAUAAUAAUGUAGUUGAAAGAUGUAUAAAUACGUGUUGAUUUUCAUAAUAAAACGAUCUGUUGCCUGGCCCUUGUCUUCUGUUGUUACAUUUGGUGUCGCUGCCUACCGACAAAUGGAAAGCCUUUGCCCUGCUGUUUUUGAUGGAGACAUAUGGAUCUUCGGGCAGGACUUCAAGGCUUCUGCGCAGUUGAGUGGCGUUCAAGAUCUGUCAGCGAUGGAGCUGCUACUUGGGACGCUGCUGGGAGGUCGGGUGAAAGCAGCAUAUGAAAGUGUGAGCCGAAGUAUGGACGAAUGUUCGACAGGGUCAGGCAAACAGUUUCCAAAGUGGGAAGGACCAUAUAUGGUCACUUUGAGAUGGGGUUACGCAGACACAGUCGCAAUGGCGAACAAUGAGAGGCGCGUGAACGUCAGCGAGCUCCAGAAAUGGAUACAGCGAGACAAGCGAACGAUGACGCCUGCACCAAGUAGAUCAAGCCGACUUCAGUCGCACGUAUUUGACGGGGGGACGAGUGUGGUGAGAGCAGGCUGCUAGCCGAUUGGUUGGCACUAAUCUACGUUAAGGUCUAGGUCACUAAUAUGGGCCGUGAGAAAAUAUGAACAAGCCUGAGUCAACAACCAAUCACAGCAAAGUUAACGUGGCAAAAUAUGAU